UGGUGAGAGAUAAUCCUCGGCUCUACCACAGACACACAACACGGCUGAAGCUGCUGCUGCUGGAUCUGGAUGCGGGCAUCCCUGGAUUCUGCUCCUCUUAGCACGGGCCCCAUUACUGGAACAACUUAAAGGGACAACAAUGUUGCACGCCUCGGCGGCUCAAUCCGUGGCUGCUGGUCGUUUAGGGGACCGGGGAUCGUGGUCAAUGUGACAUUCACUUGCACGCUGGUGAUGAGUUUAUUGUUCUGGUCCUAGACGCAGCAGAGCAGCGUUUCUCAGAGAAGAUGUUGAGCAGAUUUAAGAGUGGCAGCAUCAGGAAUCUUGAGCGGGAAUACAGCUGUACCGUCAGACUGCUGGAUGAUACGGAAUAUACGUGCACCAUUCAGAGGGAUGCAAAGGGACAGUAUCUGUUUGACCUCAUCUGCCACCACCUCAACUUGCUGGAGAAAGACUAUUUUGGUAUCAGAUAUGUUGAUCCUGACAAGCAGCGGCACUGGUUGGAAUUCACAAAAUCCAUAGCAAAGCAAAUGAAAUCUCAGCCUCCAUUCACCAUGUGUCUGAGAGUCAAGUUCUACCCUCCCGAGCCUGCUAUUCUCAAGGAGGAAAUCACAAGAUAUCUUGUCUUCCUGCAAAUCAAGAGAGACCUCUACCAUGGUCGGCUACUGUGCAAAACCUCAGAUGCAGCCAUGCUGGCAGCCCACAUCCUUCAAGCGGAGAUUGGGAACUAUGACCCUGGGAAGCAUCCUGAAGGUUACAGCUCUAAAUUCCAGUUCUUCCCCAAACAUUCGGAGAAGCUGGAGCGCAGGAUUGCAGAUUUACACAAGACAGAGCUGAUUGGACAGACACCUGAAACAUCGGAGCGAAAUUUCCUACAGAAAGCCCAGAUGCUGGAAACAUAUGGUGUUGAUCCGCAUCCAUGCAAGGAUGUGUCUGGGAACCCAGCUUUCCUCGCCUUCACACCAUUUGGUUUUGUGGUGCUUCAGGGAAACAAGAGAGUUCAUUUUCUCAAAUGGAAUGACGUGACCAAACUGAAGUUUGAAGCCAAGACUUUCCACGUAUAUGCAAAUCAGAGAGAGGACAUGAAGAUCAUCUUGACGUACUUUGCACCCACACCCGAGGCAUGCAAGCAUCUUUGGAAGUGUGGAGUGGAGAACCAAGCCUUCUAUAAGCUUGAGAAGUCAAGUCAGGUUCGCACCGUGUCCAGCAGCAACCUGUUCUUCAAGGGCAGCCGUUUCCGUUACAGUGGACGAGUGGCAAAAGAGGUGAUGGAGCAGAGUGCCAAAAUCAAACGCGAACCACCAGAAAUACACAGGGCUGGCCUUGUGCCUAGCAGAAGUUGUCCAUCCAUCACACACGGGCCUCGCCUCAGCAGCGUACCACGCACGCGUCGACGAGCAGUGCACAUAUCAAUUAUGGAAGGUCUGGAGUCAUUGCGUGACAGUGCCCACUCUACACCAGUGCGUUCAGUGUCCCAUGGGGAGUCUUUCAUGCCUCGCUCCCGGAGCCAGGCCACAGAUGGCAGCGAAGGCACCGCCGUGAUCUCAGAUGAGGCCUACAGCCCCUCCGACAGUGUCCUGCCCACCCCGGUGGCUGAGCACAGCAUGGAGCUGGCUGUGUCACGUCAAGUCAACGGGGCGCCCUGCAGCAUUGAGGAGGAGAAGGAGUCGGAGGCAGGAACCCCCGGACAUGGGGAAGGGGGUGAUUUUUAUGUGGACGGUAGAUCUGCACAGGAUGGUGCAGGAGGGGACUCAUCCCUCAGCGAGGUGGAACAGGUGAAUAAAUUUGUCUUAAGUGUCCUCCGUUUGCUCCUUGUGACCAUUGGACUCCUCUUUGUCUUGCUCCUUCUCCUCAUCAUCCUCACCGAGUCAGACCUUGACAUUGCAUUUUUACGUGAUAUCCGCCAGACCCCCGAGUUUGAGCAGUUCCAUUACGAAUACUUUUGUCCCCUCAGGCGGUGGUUUGCCUGCAAGCUCCGCUGGGUGGGCGGGUUGCUCAUUAACAAGUGAGAGUGAGGUCGUAGAGUUCGUAAGCCCGUUCGGGGGUCUGGGAAGACGGUUAGGACUUCGGAGUGAUGAAGGGCGGCUUCGUCCCACCCAUGAACCCUGCUUCUCCUAUCAUCCUCCUGCUGACAUACGGCUUGGACCACUCCUGGUAACACCGGGCCAAGAUCUCUCUCCCUCCUUCACUUUGAGUUAACCCCUCACCCACCCAACAAAUCCACCUCCUCCUCGUUUGGCUUAUUUUUUCGUUUUUUCUUUCUUUUUUUUUUUACAAACCCACAAGACGUUUUUUUUUUUUGCAUUUUUUUUUUAUUUUAAGUCAGUUCAGGUAUUUUAUUUUUUCAAAUAACGCAAAGUAACGGGAAAAAAAAAAAAAAAUGAAGAACUGAAGAAUUUUAAACAGUUCCCUUUAUAGGAACUAAACUUUUUGUUGCAACAGAUGACGGUUGCCUUUGUUGAUUAUUUAUUUCAUUUAAACAGGUAUGUGCAUAGGAAAAGGAGAAGAAGAAAAGACAGAAAGUAAUAAAGGAAGUUGACUUAUUUAAUUUAAGAUGAAAGUGAGUUAUGUGAGAAUUGAAAGGCCCACUGCUGUAUGUUUAUGCGAGGCAAAAUAGAGUGUUAUUGUAUAUGAUUAACCCCCAUACAAAUUGAAACAGCAGAUCGCGUCAUGAGGAAAAACAGAACGGUCUGAAGGGAAUAACACAUUUUGAAGAUCAAAUUUGCCUUGGCUGACAUCUUAAAAGGGUUUAAGAAAAAGAAACAGUGAUAUGUGACCUAUAGUGUCUGAGGGUAUUUAUGACAAGCAAUGAAACACUGGCACCAAUAGAAGAUAGUGUAGAAGGAUGUGCAAUGCUCUUAUAGUUUUAUGAUUAUCCAGUUUAAUGAAGUACCUUUGAAUGUGCUAAUUUGUUCAGUUGCUCUUUUAUUUCUCCAACUUAUUUGAUUUGCACCCUUUCAUCAAGUAUAUAUUCACUGAAUUUCAAUCAUUUCUUUGUAAGAGGAGUUAAUAAUUUGCUUUGGUUCAACCUUGCUCUUGGUUUCAUGUAUCAUGCUGUAUAAUUAUUAUUAGAAGAAGAAUGAUGAUGUACUUUUUGUACAAAUUAGUUUGUUUCCUAAUAUAUAUUAUCAGGUUUUUCAUGUAUAUUUUAACAGAACUGAAACAUUAUUUUGUUAUUGAAGAUCAAAUUAUACCUUUUUUAGCGCUGUGUUUCAAGUGAGGUCAGAAGCAUUUAUGGAAAUGUGGAAAGGGGGGGACUGAAAAACAGGGUUUUUAUCCAGAUCCACUGAACUCUGACCGCAUCUCAUUACUCCACCAGCAGCGAAUUAGUCACCAGUGUUUGCGCAAACAUGGAGAUUUUCAUCAACCAUCACAGAUACCAAAUAAUCCAAAAACACAUCGUCAUCAUUCAGAAGUUAACCAUAUCUUAUUUACUUGAAGAGAUUGGAGAGGUGACUAUGAGCCUGACCAUUACUGGCACUAUAUCUAAAACAAACGUUUGUUUCUUAAUGCAUGGAGUGUCUUUACAGCAAAAUGUAUUUAGAAUAUUUUCAAUCAUAAUACAGUGACAACAAAAGAGUGUACAAAUAAUUGGCAGCUCAGAACAGUUGGUUAACUUUUAACCAAAAAAGUUAAUUUCUGGUUCUACAAUGUCGAUAGGAUUUUUUUCCACUGGGAAUAUUCUGCAGAUUUUGUAAUUAUUGAGCCAGUCUUGGUCUUUAGAUUUUGUUGGUCAGGCUCUACACUCUUCUGCCUCAAGGCUCCAGGGAGCAAUAAUUGUCAUGGCUGCUGGAUUCUGGGUAAAAUCUGUUUUUUUGUGUUGCAAGUCUUCCUCCUGUACUAAGUGCAGGCGUAAGUGUUAGUGUGUCUGUAUGUAGAAAUGGAAACAUGAUUCAAGGUGCGAGUUGUUGAGGUUCAGACAGAAGGGAGUCAAUUUCGUUAAUGUUUGCAAAAGGCAAGAACUUAAAGGACGAAAGAGAAAAAGGAAGAGAGGACUGAAGGUCUAUUUUAACCGUCUGCUUCUUUUAAAUUGGAAUCCGGUAAACAAAAUGGGAAUAGAGGGCACUCAUCAUGGCUCUACAGGGUUGCGUUUUUUGGCCUGCUCAUUUAAAUGCCACACUCUUAAGACCAGCACCUGCAGCUGUUCCACUGAAAGCCCAAUGGUGCUACCAUCUUGUUUGCUCCAGUGCAAUCCGUGUGUGUCGCUCUUUGGCUAAAUUGUAGUCCUGACCACCGAGUAGCAUGCACUUUUGCGUUGUGGCUGGAUCCACUCCUGUAGCUCAUUAUCCCUAACAAACUGCUGUUAUCUGCGGUGGAGGAAAGCAGCACAAGGCUCGAGGGAAUAUCUUAUCAUUAGAGCUAUGAUGGCAAGAAACCUGUCAUACAUGUGGUGUAGGAGCUUAUUUAUAAUAAGUUAAUUUUUUUUAAAACUCUGAUACAUCUCAUAAGGAGCAGAUGUAAAGAUGAAGCACAUUUCUUAACAGGGGCUGGAGCAGAGCGGGUGGGCAGACGUUUUUCUGUACAUUCAUACUUUAUAUUUAUAACUUAUUUACUGAUACAUUCAGGCUUAGUUUUGGCAGGAAGUUCUUUUAAAGGUCUGCAAAGGUGUUUCUCAUACAACAUCUAUCAGCGUUAUGUAGCUUCAGUGGUCUCUCUGAACAUGCAACAAUAAGAAAUACAAGAAAAAAGGCAGCACUAUUCAAGGAGCAAUAAUCAGUUGUUAGUCAAAUGAUGUGAUUUACAAACUUGUGUAUGGAAAUCCAACAAUCAAGUCAAACGUCCUUAAAUGUCUCUUUAAAAACCACUUACUAAAUUGCUGUUGUGCUGACUCUAAUGAUGGUGUGACCACUGAGACACUUACUUACGAUUGCAUUCAUAUUUUAUAAGAAAUAUUGGUUAUUCUUAGAGACCUCUUGUGUGGAUGUUUGUUCUGCUGUUUUCUUUGCUGUUUCAUUGUUUAAGAGACAGAUUAUUCCCUGUGCCUGGAUCCUAAACCUGCAGUCUACCAAAGUGGAAAAGAUAAAGGAAUGGAUACAAAAGACACAUCUCCGACAACUUUUACAACGGACUGCAUCAUCCUUUUAUCUCCCAGGUCAAGAGGGGGGAAACUUGUUGGGAACUGUUACUGUACACUUGGCAUCCCGACAUUUCUGACUUAAUUUGUCUUUGCAGGCAUGUUUCCUGUGACAAAGCUGACUUUAAUUUUACAUUUUAGUUGCUGUGACAUGGUCACAUCAUUUACAGUUCUUUUACCUCAUGGGAGAUGGCUUCAGUUAUGGCCAGAUGUGUGAGUUUUAACUGUCAACCAUGGAUUAAAAAAUCAGAAAAAGCCAUGCCAUGCCUGAAAAACAGCAGGAAAGGUGAAGCCAUGCAGGUACAAAGUAGUUCACUGGGAUGUGAAGCUUGUGUUUUAACCUAACACAGGAUUUCCACCAGAUCCGUGUCCGGUCCGUCUCCGAUCCACUGCGGUCCGGCUCCAUGCACUUUCGUCCGUCAACACCCACCGGUUGCAUUUUUGGAACGCAGCACUGAGCAGGAUCGCUGGACAGCUGGAUUCAUGUGACCGAGGUUUUCCAGUGGCAAUCACUGAAUCAAGGAUUCUCCUCCUCCUCUCCUCAUCCAUGUUGUCUUUCUGGUCCUCUGAAAACCUCUGACCUGUUGACUUCAGGUCUGCCUCUGCUCAAAAUGACUUUUUGUUUUCAUUGUUAAGUUAUAAACAAUCUGGUGAUAACACAGAGUGUUUUAUUCUGAAAAUUAACCAGGUUUUUAUUUUGUUUUGGUGCCUCACUCCCUGCCCCGCUCCAUUUGCUGAGUGCUGAAUUGAUGCGUCAUGCUCCGGCAUCCGGCAAAGAUAGAAGUCUUGCGUAUCUGAUCCGUUGCGUUCCGAUCUGACGGAUCAGAGACGCAGCCAGAGCGCAACGGAGCGGAUCCAGUGGAAGUUAACACAUUGACUAGAAUAGAAACCUAGCAGAUCCGGUGCCGUGAUGUAUUGGAGACCUACUGGACACGGAUCUAGUGGAAUUUGGCCUUAAGUUUACACAAGGGGUGGGCUCAAUAACAGCAACACCCACAUUGUACAAUGCAAUUCUAAUAGGACUCUAAGCAAAUAUUUCUACAUUUGGAAACUUGUGAAUUUUUGAACAAGGUUGAAGAAAAAGAUGUUUUAAGGUAAUUUUGAGGUGGAAUUUUAAUGUGGACAGAACCUGACUAUGAAGUGUUCUUGUUAAUGUUUUCUCCCUGUGUUUUUUUUUUUUUAAUUUUCAGCAAUCAAAGCUAUGGAUGACAUAAUGAGGGCUUAAAUUUCACAUUAUUUGCUGCCAUUAAAAUGUGAUUUAAACAGUUUUUAUUUUUUUAUGGUUAAAAGAAUAAUUACCAACUGACCAAAAUGUAUUAUUUAUGCAAAAUUGGCUAUUCAAAUGUAUAUGGAUAUUGAAUAUGGAACUAAGAGGUUGAUGUAAAGUUGAGUCAUUUCUGGAGACAUCUUUAUCAUUUUUUUUUUGCCCCUUUUCUCCCAAUAGACAGACUCUCACAUGACCAUGCAUACACAUCAGUAAGUGUAUAAGCAUAUCCACGUCUGGUGGUGUGUUACAUAGUCUUCAUUGUUCUACCCUGGGACUGAAGAUUGCUGUUUGAUUAUGUUAUAUAUACAAGUAUUUGAAUAUAUAUAUAUAAAUCCAUGUGCCAAAUCCAGUUCUUGUUCAGUCUGAUCCAUUCCGAACCCAUGUUUGUACUGUAGGAAACCUUCUGUACAAGUCAGUAUAAAAUAUUGUUUCUCUCCAGUAGACCCUUGUAACUGGUGCCAUUAAAAAUACUAUUCAAACUUGAAAUAAACAUUGAAUAGAAAUGUGA